CGCUCCCCCCCGCUUCGUCAGGGAACAUUAUUUUUUCAACAGAUGCUCAGCCGAAUUACGUGCGGUAUCUCUUCUCCCUCAUCAUCGUUGGGGGUGGAAUCAGAGACAUACUAUAUGUCGCUGUUGCCACUUCUCCCCAUACGGUCAAUAUUACCUUACUGGUUUGAAAUUAGCUACGGGCACAUUGUUGCGUGGGUCCUAUCUCCCAGAAUUCACAGAGGCCCAUUGUCGAUGGGUUACUUCUGAGCGCCGUCAAACGUGAUCAUGCCCUCCCCAGUCGCCGAAACCGCCCAGAUCCCGAGUGCUAAAGCUGCCUCGGGUGACCGAGACGGGGAAACAUACGAUCUCGCUGAUAUCCCUCCUAAGGGCGAUAGAUUCGGGUCAGACACAUCUACAUUCGUCGAGGGUGAUGCCGAUCCAGCGAAUCCGUAUUCGGCCCCGGUGGCCGCUGGCAGCGUAAGGGGCAACCUGUCUUCUGGAAGACUACGCCACACGGGCAUCCGAGCGUUCUGUAGAUCGGCCUGGAAGAAGAACGAGGCGCCACUCCUGCUGUUGUUGGCCCAAUUCUUUGGGGCGCUGAUGAACCUCAUCGCUCGCUUGCUCGAGGUGGGCGAGGGCGCGAUACACCCUAUGCGACUCCUCUUCGUACGCAUGUCGAUGACGGUGAUCGGCGCUUCGUUGUACAUAUGGUGGCGGAGGAUACCGCACGGGGUUCUGGGACACAAAGAUGUCCGCUGGCUACUAGUUUUGAGGGGAGUGUGCGGCUUCUUCGGGAUCUACGGGAUGUGGUACUCGGCCAAGUAUCUAACGCUUGCCGAUGCUACCGUCAUCACCUUCCUCGCCCCGAACAUCGCCGGGUAUAUGUGCCAUAUACUUCUUCACGACUCCUUUACUCGGGUGGAGCAGCUUGCGUCGUUCGCGGCUUUGGGGGGUGUCGUGCUUAUCACGCGGCCCGUGUCUCUCCUCUCGGGCAGUACAUCCUCCUCCACAUCCAGCAUGGCCGUGGAUGUGGUUCAAAAUACAACAACCGCACUAGAAGAAGCCUCGCUACAUGUUGGCUUCGAAGAGCAUAUCCCCACGAAUUCGGAGCGGCUGGGUGCCGUGAGUUUCGCGCUCCUAGGAGUCUUAGGCGGCGCCGGGGCCAUCACAUCGCUGCGAUGGAUCGGGAAGCGGGCGUACCCGCUGAUAUCGGUCAACUAUUUCAGUGCGUGGUGCGUGGUGGUGUCGACGACGACGCUCGCACUAGCUCCGGCGCUCGACUACGGGCAACCCGACCUGCGGGUAGACCUAGGUGGGAUCACAGCGUGGCAGUGGCUCCUGCUCGUGCUGAUUAUGUCGUGCGGCCUGAUCAUGCAGGUGCUCACGGCGACCGGUCUGGCACGCGAGCGCAGCAACCGUGCUACGGCCAUGAUGUACACGCACAUGCUAUUCGCGGCGUUUUUCGACCGCUGGAUAUUUGGCCAUACCAUGGGUUGGAUGAGCCUUACGGGCUGCGGGCUGAUCAUCGGAAGCGCGUUAUGGGUGGCGCUGACGAAGGAGAACAAGGGGAAGGAAAGGAACCGUGACGACAGUGGGGAGGCGUGCAGUAGUGCAAGAGUUGCUGCUGCGCCUAGUGCUUCUGCCGAUGCCGUCGCUAUGGAGAUCGAGAGUGCGCCGGUUCUUAGCGGCGACGAAGAUACGAAUAGAGGAGAUGAGGAAGAGGAGAGCUGAAGACUGGAACAGCCCCGGGAUUGGCCCCCAUUCGCCCCAUCUGUAGGUAUAUAGGGGGAGCUGACCGGGAGGCCGGGACAGAUUAAGGCACGAUUUCCGGGGUAUUUAGGAGCGUAGAAGGACGAUGUACGGGUUUAUGUUAGAGGCGGCGGCGUUACAUAGCAUGAAUAGGUAUGACGAUGAAACCAUUGGAUUCCCAAGAAGCUACCUACCUCGUAGCCCGGCUGUAAAAUAGAGAGAAAUUGAGACGUACAGUGUCAACAUGGGUAACUGCACUGUCUCCUCAUUCUCGCGGUACGUACCGACAGCAAGUCGCGACCCCGAAAAGUUUCGCGACUUAGGUGGUUACUCAGGCUUUUUUUAGAGCUCCAAAGUCCUCAUAGCUUUCUCCCUCUGAUAAGCUCACAAUACAUCCCAUCCACACAUAC